AUUUUACGAAACAUGUGUAAACAAAAAGUAGUAAAAUUUGUUUAAAAGUUGUUUAAUUGACUUAAUCCAAUUAAAAUUUUGACUUAUAGGUGUUGGUUUGUGAAAUUAUUCCAUUUUCCAUCUUUAGAAACAUUUUUUGAACAUGGUCAUUGCCAUUGGAUUCGAGGGAAGUGCUAAUAAGCUGGGAAUCGGUAUUAUCAAAGAUGGAGUUGUUUUGUCCAAUCCAAGACACACGUAUAUUACUCCACCAGGCGAAGGAUUUCUUCCCCGAGAUACGGCAAAACAUCACAGAGAGGUAGCCUUGGACAUUUUACAGACAGCUCUGAAAGAAGCAGGCGUCACCCCUGAUCAAAUUGAUGUUGUCUGUUACACGAAAGGUCCGGGUAUGGGUGCACCUUUAAUUUCUACAGCCGUAGUGGCAAGAACAGUGGCUCAACUGUGGAAAAAGCCAAUAGUGGGUGUGAAUCAUUGUAUUGGACAUAUUGAAAUGGGGAGGUUGAUUACUGGAGCUGUGGACCCAGUGGUUUUAUAUGUUAGUGGAGGGAACACCCAGGUUAUUUCUUACUCUCAAAAAUGUUACCGUAUAUUCGGAGAAACAAUUGAUAUUGCUGUUGGCAACUGUUUGGAUAGAUUUGCUCGUGUAUUAAAACUGUCAAAUGAUCCUAGCCCAGGAUAUAAUAUAGAACAAAUGGCUAAAGGUGGCACGAAGUUUUUGGAAUUACCGUACGCAGUGAAAGGAAUGGAUGUGUCGUUUUCUGGAUUAUUAUCAUAUAUUGAGGAACGUGCUCCUCAGUUGAUUAAGAAAGGAGAAUACACGCCAGCUGAUUUAUGUAUGUCACUACAGGAAACAAUUUUUGCUAUGUUAGUUGAAACGACUGAACGAGCCAUGGCUCAUUGUGGAUCGAAAGAAGUUUUGAUAGUUGGUGGUGUGGGUUGUAAUAAACGACUUCAAGAAAUGAUGAAACUAAUGGCAGGUGAAAGAGAUGCUGUACUCUAUGCCACAGACGAACGAUUCUGUAUCGAUAACGGUGCUAUGAUUGCUCAAGCGGGAAUUGAAAUGUUUAAAUGUGGAAUGACCACGCCUCUUGAAGAAGCUUCCUGUACUCAGAGAUAUAGAACUGAUGAAGUUGAGGUGAAAUGGAGAGAUUAAUAUCUAUAGUGAAAUAAUCAAAACUGACAAAUUACUGUCUUUAACCAAUUAAUACAUAUAGAUUUCAACCCGUAACAAUGAAAGGAGAAACAUGUAGAUGAAAUAGACAGAGUUCACAUAAUACAGAGUUUUUCCACAAAUUCAGAUCUAUCAUAAAGUUUUUGAAGUUUUAGGCAACUAUAAAAGUAGAGUAUACAUGUAUUAAUAAAGUCUUACAAAGGACAUUGAAAUAAUGAACAUACUUUUAAAAUAAAUUAUAUUAACUUUUGUUUUCAGUUCAUUUAAAUAUUCAACUGUAAUGCCUUUUACUGGACAAUAAAGUAUCUUUAGCUUGGAACU